UUAAGAAUGCAGGCAAGCUUCUUUCUGACUCUGAGAAGGAAGAUGCUUCUGGAUUCAGAAACGCAGUUGAAUGGAACUUAAAGGGCCACAGAUGAAAGAACUUGAACACGUUUCUGAAGGUCUAAGAUGUGUCUGACAGUGACCUCCUUACCUUAGUAAUAAAGAAGAGUUUUUCAGCAGCAGCUUAGGAUAACUUUACUCCCAACUUAUUAAUAUACUAACUGGAAUGGUGUUCUGACAACAAUUCUCCGUAGUAAAGUACUUACCGUACUACAGAGCAGUAGUAUUCUCUCUACUGAUAAUGCAGCUCAAUGGAGGAAAGUACUGUUUUGAUAAGCAUGCGUGAAGAUCGUUCCUUUCAUGUGCGAUACAGGAUGGAGGCUUCCUGCCUAGAGCUGGCUCUGGAAGGUGAGCGCCUGUGUAAAGCAGGAGAUUGCCGAGCUGGGGUAUCUUUCUGCAAUGCCUAUUUCUACUUGCAUGAAUAUGCAAAGGCCUUGGAAUACCAUCACCAUGAUUUAACUCUUGCAAGGACAAUUGGAGAUCUACUGGGAGAAGCUAAAGCUAGUGGGAAUCUGGGCAACACCUUAAAGGUACUUGGGAAUUUCGAAGAAGCCAUUGUUUGUUGUCAGAGACAUCUGGAUAUUUCCAGAGAACUUAAUGAUAAGGUUGGAGAAGCCAGAGCACUGUAUAAUCUGGGAAAUGUAUAUCACUCUAAAGGGAAAAAUGUAGCUAGUGCUGGGACUCAUGAUCCAGGGGAACUUCCAGAUGAUGUAAAAAAUGCUUUACAAAAAGCUGCAAAUUAUUAUGAGGAAAACCUGACAAUAGUAACAGAGCUGGGUGAUAGAGCAGCACAAGGACGUGCCUUCGGAAAUCUGGGAAACACACACUAUCUUCUGGGCAACUUCAGGAGUGCAGUUUUGGCCCACGAACAGCGUCUCCUAAUUGCAAAAGAAUUUGGUGAUAGAUCAGCGGAAAGAAGAGCGUACAGCAAUCUUGGAAAUGCCUACAUAUUCCUGGGUGAAUUUGAAACCGCUUCUGAAUACUACAAGAAGACGUUACAGCUGGCUCGACAGCUUAAGGACAGAGCUGUGGAAGCACAGGCCUGCUACAGCCUGGGGAACACAUACACUUUGCUUCAAGACUAUGAAAAAGCAAUUGAUUAUCAUUUGAAACACCUUGUGAUUGCUCAGGAAUUAAAUGAUAAAAUUUGUGAAGGAAGUGCUCUGGGAAAUCAUGACCAAGCUAUGCAUUUUGCAGAAAGGCACUUGGAGAUUUCAAGAGAGGUAGGAGAUAGAAGUGGAGAACUCACUGCUAGACUUAAUCUCUCAGAUCUUCAAAUGGUUCUUGGAUUAAGCUACAGCACAAACAACUCCAUGUUGUCAGAAAGCCAUGUGGUAGAUAACAGUUUGAAUGGUACCAGACCAAGAGUAGGACGCCGCCACAGUAUGGAGAACAUGGAACUUAUGAAAUUAACACCAGAAAAGGUUCAGAACUGGAACAGUGAGAUUCUUGCUAAACAGAAACCACUGGUUGCCAAACCUUCAGCAAAACUGCAUUUUGUAAAUCGACUAAAAGGCAAAAAGUACAAAAACGGCACCGCUUCCAAAGUUUUGCAGGAUGCCAGUAAUUCUAUUGAUCAUCGACUUCCAAACUCUCAGAGGAAAAACAGUCGAGAGACAAUGGCAGAUGAAGGGUUCUUUGAUCUGCUGAGUCGAUUCCAGAGUAACAGGAUGGAUGAUCAGAGAUGCUACUUUCAGGAGAAGAACAGAUUCUCAGCUGCUUCAGUGGCCACAUCUUCUACUCCACCUAAGACAAUGAGAAAAUCCUUUUCUACUUCUUUAGUCUCACCCCACACAGAUGAAUUUCUAGACCUACUUGCUAGCUCACAGAGCCGCCGGCUAGAUGACCAACGCGCUAGCUUUAGUAACCUACCUGGACUUCGUCUUAAUCAACACAACAGUCAGUCAGUUCUGGGUCACCUCAUGGCAAGUAACAACAGAGAACUGGAUGAUGACUUCUUUGAUAUAUUGAUAAAAUGCCAGGGUUCCAGACUGGAUGAUCAAAGAUGUGCUCCUCCAUCAUCGGCAAAAGGACCAACUGUGCCAGAUGAGGAUUUUUUCAGCCUGAUUCUACGAUCACAAGCUAAGAGAAUGGAUGAACAAAGGGUCCAUUUACCCUCAACUAUAAAGGGACAAAAUUCAAGCUGAAGAACGAAACAGGCAUGUACUGUACAGUAGCAUCUUGGGUAUCAUUUUUGUUCUCUGGAAAAACAUACUUGCCUUUUUACAGAAGACUGCAUUUAGUAGAUUUGUCCCCUAAUAAUCUUUUCUGUAAAUAGCAGCAGCAGCACACUCAUGACCAGAGUUGCCGCUGCUCUUUGCAGUUGGCAGCUGCUUUUAGCAGCAUCUGAGAUACUGAUUACUGCAUCUCCCUCUUCACUGCCUCUAGUCUGUGAACAUUAAUAUGGGGUUUUUUUUGUCCCUGUCAGGGUAUUCUCAUUGCUGAUGUGUGGAUUCUACUGCUGUCUCCAUCUAGUGUAAGACCUAAAUUUGUAUGUUCUUUUUAAAGAAAACUUGAUAUCCCCCCACACCCCCGAUUUGUACCUCCCUGGGAAAAGGUCCUGUUUUCUUUUAUACUUUUUUAAAAAUUUAAAAAACAAAAAAAGAUAAAUAGCUUCAGUACUUAGUCUGUCUUUGUGUCUUCCAAACUCUGUUUCUGCAAUCAUUUUUACUUAAAAAAAUAACCAAACCCUAGUUUUAAUUCUGUUUAAUACAAAAAGAUUCUUUCAAAACAUGCUGGGGUUUUUGGGUAAUAUUUAGUUAAGUGUUUCAUGUAUUGCUCAGUACAGUUUUACAAUCAAGAAUUUUUUAGGAAGAUAUACUUGUCUUUAAGUAACAGCUGCCAACCAAUGCUGUUCUAUAGACUGUGUGGUACAUGUCCAUCACCAGUAGUGGUCCAUGCACCAGGGGAUCACAGGGGUGGUAGGUAACCACCAUGGACGUCGGGUAAUUCCUGCAGUAAUUGAAUUUAAAAUGUUACAAACAGUAAAUGUAUGUAUGCUACUUAGUACUUGACCUCAACUACUUAUCCUUCUCUUGAGAAGGGUGUGCUAUGCUGGAGCAGUUAUUGGGAACAACAGUUGUAACUUAAGUCUUCCCUGUGGUACAAUACCUGUACUGAGGUAAUUCUUGGGAACCCUGAGGCCUCUAUGUUGUUUUAAGGGUAGGCAUCUUGAGUUAGACACCACUGAUUUUAACACCAAAGGUAGCAUGUGUUACCGUCAGUUUACAAGGCCGAUCUUCAGUACUUUUGCUAAGUGCUUCCUAUUCCCUGUUCAGCUUUGAAUCGCCCUAAAAAAACAUCUGAUACAUCAUUAGCUUCUCACUCCUCUGCAAAUUAUUGAACCAGAAGAAAAUCAUCAAGCUGUCCUAAAACUGAGCUGACAAGCAGCAAUUCUACUUACGAGUGAUUUUUUUAAAGAACAUAAACCAAAGGUAGUCCUGAGACUUCUAGUUGAGCUGCGAUUAGUCUUUUGUGAAUUACAUGAGUAUCAGCAACUUUCUUCAGGCUGUUCGACAGUUACCUGGUUAGGCUUAUGUUUGCUAGAUCACAGUAGCAGUGCUUUCCCACCACAGAAUAUCUGGGUUUACUCAAAACUUAUUACACAAACUUGAUUUCAAACAAGCAGCAGCACCCACAAGCCUGUUCUCUUGGCCUGUUAAAGUUGUAUUAUCUUAACACAUUUGUUUCAAAUUCCAGAAGUAGUACAUAUACUCAGUCUCAGUUUUUAAAACCCCACCUUAAAGCUAUGCUUACUAAUGCUCUGACCAAAGAUGAGUUCCCAUCAGCUUGCUGAUACUCUUUUCUACAUUUGAGAAGUAGAGCAGAAAUAGCAAGUAUGUUAACAACUAAAGAUUAGACAAA